AUGGUCUCUUCUACAGCUGUCGAGGUAGAAGUCAUCAACGGUACUGAUCUGAAUGUGGAAAACCGGCAGUUGACACAGAGGGGCGGCUUACUACCAUUACUACUACUGCUACUGCUACUUACUACUACUGCUGCUACUGCUGCUGCAAUUACAACCGCACUGCAUGCCUACAUGCAAUCGUUCACUGCCUUACAACGCUCUGUCAUCUCCGUCUGCACUACUCCACACCUCUGCCAAUCAUCGAUACAUUUAUACACAGACAUAGACACACACACUCACACGGAAGAGAUGGCAGUCAAAGCGGUUGACGAAGACGAUGAUGAUAGGACGAGAGAAAAGGGCGCUCUGCAGUGCGACAUAUUCACCGACGAUUCAAAGAGUGACGACAAUAUUGCUGGGGACUUUUUCUUUAUUAUGUUUAAGAACACAUAA